GGGUGGUUAUUAUUUAUUGCUUAGUGCUACCCCUGGAUCUGGAAGCAUUUUAUACUUCUCUUACUUGAUAAUUCAAUGCUUGUGGAGGAAAGCCAUGCUGAAAUAAGCUGGAGGACUCACCCCGCCCCAAACUUUGCCUAUGGCAGUGGUCCCAUUGACUACACCCUUGGCAGAGCCCAUUAUGGAUACAAACCUUGGUAUGUUAGAACGUUCAGACAGCAGUUUAUUCAGUCUUGAACCCAAGCUUUAACUUGUCCAGAAACUCCUCCACAGAGCACGGAUUCAGCCUUCAGCUCCUCAGAGGAAAACUAAAGACAAUUCUCUAUGCAGUGAGGAUACAAACAUUCCCUCUUCCAGAUUGCACAAAGGCUAAUUAAAAGUCAUGAUUCAAAUAUUUCUUGUGAAAUCGGCCUUUGGGCAUAGAGCCUUACAGUCUCCUCAUGCAUCAUUCUAGAUAGACGGCUUACUCUGGGUCCACGACUAAAUAUAUCUCUAGGAAGAAGAAAGAUUAAGUGAAUUGGACUCUGGUGCCAUUCGGCUUCACACAGCACUGGAGAAGAUAGCUGGGCUGGCCCGUCAUCCCAAAUUUGUUUUCCCUAUAUUCCCAAGUUAUUGAUGGACCCAAGAUGGAUGAAUCUUUUCCAAUUGCGAGAUCACAUGAGAGAUCUCAGAAGGUACCUGGUGUUCAAAUAUAUCCAGUAUCUCGUCCUGCCAUUUCCCAACAUCUUCAUCAGCUUGCUGGGCCUAUGUGCUAGUUUGUAUGUCACACUGCUCCUGAUGUCUCCCAACAUAUCCAGGAAAUCCACUGUAGUGUUUAUUCAUAAUGUGGCGCAGGCGGACAUCCUGAUGGGGUUUAGUGUGCUUGCCAUGCUCCUGAAUGUCUUCCAGGGUGAAAGAUCAUCAAGUUCUUUUCAGGUGAUCCUGUGGCAAAACUUCCAAACUGCAAAUGCCCAUGUGAGCUCCCUUUUGCUCAGCUGUGUGAGUCUGGAGGCCUUUCUGAUCACAUUCCUCCCAGCAGAGACCCGCCACAUUAGGACUGUUAGAUAUGCCAGGGCAGCUUCGAAGUUCAUCUGGAUUGUGGUCCUUACAGAGUGUAUUGUUUAUCAGCUGGAGUGCUUACAGGAUCUCGGCUUCAUUUCUCUGGGGGCGCCUAAGCACACUUUGGUGCUGCUUAACUUCUGCAGUGGAGCAGCAGCCCUGCUGAAGGCAUUCAUUUAUCCCAUUGGUUUACUUCUACGGAUCAUUAACGUGUAUCUCUUUUAUAAGAUAUUCUUCAGCAGGUCACCCUGAAGUAAUUCAAAGAGGAUAUGCUCAGUGAUUGGGAAGAGGAAACCAAACAUGGAUAUGCUCUGCAAGCUGAGACUCAGAGGAAUGUUGGGGGAUAGCUGGUACUCAUUAUUUGUUCAUGUCAAGUGUUUACUAUGUAUUGCUUUAUACCAAAGAACACAUGAAAAGCAUGGAGAUUGUCCUGGAGGAGUCUGUGGCCUCCUAGAUUGAGAGCUCAUUUGUUCUGGCCUGUCAUUUUACAAAGGCCCAGAAAGGCCCAUGUGCCCAUGGUCACAUAGAUAGUAAGUGUCAGAACCAGGAUAUAAACCCAGAUCCUCUGUCUCCAAAUCUCAUUGUAUCGUGAGAGCUAAAAUUGUUUAAGACACAUUCGAAUCAUGUAACCACUAAUUCUUCAUUUAUUAUCUACUGUGCACUACACUAGGUGCUGUGAGGUGAAUAAAGGUAAUUCACACGGAGGCGCUGCCUCAAGGAGCUUACUGUGUAGUUAGGUGUCCAUGAAGAGUUAACACAAAGCAGUAUAAAUUAAGAGUAGGUAGUAGAGGGGUCAGCUGGGUGGCUCAGUGGAGCCAGGCUUAGAGAUAGGAGGUCCAAGGUUCAAAUCUGGCCUCAGACACUUCCCAGCUGUGUGACCCUGGGCAAGUCACUUGAUCUCCAUUGCCUAGUCCUUACCACUCUUCUACCUUGGAGUCAAUUUACUCCAAAACAGAAGGUAAGGGCUUAAAAAAGGAGUAGGUAGCAGAGUAGAGUUGCAAGCUAUUGAUUACUUAUGUGACCUUGGGUAAGUCAUGUCCUGUAUGUGGACCUCUGUAAGAUGAGUGAGUGGAUCCUUUUAGCUCUGGCAUUCUAUGACAUCCUGAAUGAAAGAUUCAAACAUGAAAUGCUACAGGGUCUCCCAGGAAGGCCAUAAUAGAAUUUGUUUUGAAGGUGGGCAGGGAAGGCCUCACUGAAGAGGUAGUGGAAUGUGAGCCAAGUUUGAAGGAUAAGCUUGUUACCACCCCACAUACCUCCCCAAGCCACUCUCCUGGCCAAGUACAAGUUGGUUCAGGCCUGUGUUUAUUGAACAUAUUGUUCCAUUAGAGUUUGGGCUGAGAAGAGUGGUUCUCCCUUAAUUUCCUCCAUCUAACAUUUCUGGUGAUCUAAUCUCAAGAUGAUUCAAAUGGGCAUGCUGGAUUGGAUCUCAAUGAAACAAGCCUCUUAUUUGCCAUGAGCCAUUCUUUUUGUGCCCUUGCAUUACCUGUGUAGCCAGUAAUAAAAAUAGUUUACGUUUUGCUAGAGUUCAAAGAUUUAUGAAGUACUUUAUGUACCUUAUCUCAUUUGAUCUUCACAGAAGCCCUUACAGGUAGGUAUGGUAGUACUAUCAUCACCAUUUUGUGACAUGGAAACUGAGGUUUACAUGACUUGCCCAUGUCAAAGUCAGGACUUGAACUUAGGUCUUUCUGACUCCAAGCCUAACACUGUCUACCAUACCAUCUUGCCUCUUCUAUCAGAUAUCAUGAUUACCACUCCUGCCUUCUUUCUAUCAGUUGAGGCCCAGAAAGUCUUACUCCAUCCUUUAAUUCUGACCUUGUGGGUGUCAACCCGCCUCAUGUGUGUUUCUUGAAGACAACAUAUGGUAGGGUUUUGGAUUCUAAUCCAUUCUGCUAUUCAUCUACGUUUUAUGGGUGAGUUCAUCCCAUUCACAUUCAAAGUUAUGAUUGUCAUUUGUGGACUCCCUGGCAUUUUGAUAGCCUUCCCUAAUUCUAACCUUUUCUUCUUCAGCUCUACCUUUUAGUCCAGUGAUUUACUUUGAAUCAGUCCCCCUUGUCCCCUCCCUUGAUGUUUCCCUUUUUAGUCCCUCCCUUUUUCUUCCCUCCCCCUCCCCCCUCUCUUUCCCUCCCUU